AGUCCAAGUCAUCAGUGGGCCCCGUCACAUCAGUGGCACCACCCCCCUCCCCCUCCUCCACCUGUUGUCGUGGAGCCAACUCCUACUCCUUCUCCCCAUCCCCCACCUGUUCCUGUUCAGGCUCCUCCUCCUGUCCAGGCCCCUCCUCCUGUCCAGGCCCCUCCUCCUGUCCAGGCCCCUCCUCCUGUUCAAGCCCCUGCUCCCCCCCCGGCGAACAACAGCCCUCCCGCUGCCAAAGGUGGCAGCGAAUCCGGCUCCAGCUCCAAACCCAGCGGCGAAGUUCACAACGGCGAUCUCACCUACUACGAUCUCGGACUUGGUGCCUGCGGCUUCGAUGACAGCGGGCUCGACCAUACUGACAACAUUGUUGCACUCUCUCACUUGAUGAUGGGGACUCAGUCCAACGGCAACCCCUACUGCGACAAGACCAUCACCGUCAAGGUCGGCAGCAAGACCGUCCAGGCCCGUGUCCGCGACAAGUGCAUGGGCUGCGAGCGGGAGGCCAUCGACUGCUCCGAGAAGAUGUUCUUGGAGCUGUUUGGCUCGUUAGAGGCCGGCAGAAGGCCAGUCGAGUGGUGGUUCAACAACUAA